UUUCGUACCAUACGAAUCGGGACUUUAAAAGCUUUUCCAAUACCAUUGGACGAAAACGAUGUUAGCCCUCAUGCUAAAAACACAGCCCCAUUAAUUCUCAACGAAUCUGGCGUUACGUUCUCAUUUACAAUUGAUGGAGAAUAUGAACCAGAGAAAAAACUCACAAUCAAAAUAUCUGCAAGAAGACUUGAACGUGUUGAAUGUUAUGUUUUACGUGGCUGUCCUGUGAUAUGGCUUACCACUGAUGAAAAAAUGGCAAGAAAAAUUCGUUCUGUUUGUAACAUGGUGGAUAGGAAUGGAUUUUUUUAUGACCCUUCAUCUGCUGUCAAAGGAGAACGACACAUUGCAGCAAUCACUCAACAAGAUCCACUCCCAUAUACAAUGGGACAUAGCAUACAAAAUAUAUUCAAACAACUAUUUCGCAACCAAAACAAAAAGGUUGAUUCUCAUUUUCGAAUUAUUUCGCAAAAACAUUGCAACACCAAACUUGUACAGUGUAGCACGUCGAUGGAUGAGGUUAAAAGAAAACAGUUAAUUUAUGAACAACUUCAAAAACGAUCCAAACAAAAGCAGAUCACUGAUGAUUCCAAUUCAUCUGAUUCCUGUGAUGAUGAACCAGAUAAAGUCGCCCCAGUUAGUUCUAGCUCAAAUAAUUCUGCUACUUCGUCUAAUCCACCUGUUCCCUCAACUCCACCAAAAGCUGUAGUUGAAAAAGAAGUUUUGAGUUCUUCAGGAAGGACCGUGAUUGAAAGUUCACCAACUACUAGUCCAAGUGUUGAUCACAAAAAAGUCAUCGAGCUCGGAAAUCUAUUCCCGAUCGCCACCGAGUGGUUAGUAUUGAAAGCCAACUCCGAGCCCGAGUGGAGGAACAGCAGCAGGAACGUAAUCUACCCAUCAUUGCUACACAAGCUGUUAAUUCAACUGCAACAGUGGAAACUAACAAUAGUGGGGAAAGUGAGUCCUCCGAUACAGGAAGAAUAUCAGAGAAAAUCAUCUUCCAAUUGUUCUUCUCCAACUCCAGUUGAAGAGAAAAAGGCCAUGGAACAAACAAAUCAUGAAACAAGUGAAUUCACACCUGAUGUGACGGAAACUUCAGUAAAAAAUAAAACUGAGUUAAGAACUAUGAUGUUGGAGGGAAACAUGGCAACUUUGCGUCAAGAUUUCAACAAUUACCUUCAUCAAACACCACUUUGUACAUGUGUUGUAAUAUCACCACAUACCAUUAACUUUGAGAAAGCAAAUGGCAUCAAAUGUAUGGCUAUUGAUAAUAUCUGUGGAAGGAUAUACGGGUGUGAUGAACCGAUAUCACAUCGUGAGAUGAUGCGGCCAAGCAGCAAGGUGCCGGUUAUUGGAAUGUGUGAUGAACACAAAGAAAGGAUGAUACGACACGAAUGUUGUCCAGGUUGUGGAACUUUCUGCAGCGGUGGUAACAUACUUGUUUGUAUCAAAAAUGAUGACUGUCCACACAGAUUUCACAGGGAUUGCAUGGUGUUGGGAGGUCAGUUAUCUGAAUGUCCUCACUGUGGUGGUGACACUACAUCAGUGAGAGAAGUAAACCUCACGCCGAACAUGGACAAAGACAUGCUAAUGAUCCUCGCUGGUAAAGACCCCGUCAAAAUGAAAAUGAAAACCUUCCUUCAAACGAGGGGUGAAAAGAAUGCGAGAAUGGGUCACGUGAUAAAGAAGACUGGUUAUAAACCAGUAAGGGUACCGGGGGUUACGAUGAAAUUUAAUGAUUUGACGUUCGAUUCGUCGAAGUUGAUGAUCGGACACGAAAGAGAUGAAUUCGAAAAUUUGUUGCAAUCUCUUCAACAUGAACCGCCUCAAAAAGUUCGUUUCCAAGCAAAAUCUUUUCUUCAGUUUGCGCGACAAAAUGACAUUCUAAAGGUAUGUAUUAUGUUAAUUAUUAAUUUUGAACUUCUUGUUUAUCUAUUGUUGAAUAAUGCUGAUGUCACAAUCAAAGAUGAAGAAAUGGGAAUGCCUUGCAUUCACCAUGCGGCCAAGGAAGGCUACGUUGAAGGUUGCUACCUUCUAAUGAUAUAUGGCAGAGCAAAAAUCAAUUCACUCGACGAAGGGGGAUGGACACCGCUGGUUUGGGCGGCAGAGCAUAAACAUACAAGCAUGGCUAAGUUUCUUCUGCAUUAUGGAGCAGAUGUGAAAAUUAUUGAUAAGGAGGGAAACACAUGUUUGCUGUGGGCCGCUUUAUCUGGAAACGUCGAUAUAUUGAAAAUGUGUUUGGACAACAAUACCCCCGUUGAUCAUUUUAACACACAUGGUGACACUGCAUUACACAUAGCGGCAAGACAGGAUAACUACAACUGUGUUUUUACUCUUCUCGCGAAUGCUGCGAAUCCAAAUAUCAAGAACAGCGAAGGGGAAACUCCCAUUGAAUGUGCACCGGAGCGUAGCAUGUGUUGGAUUGCGUUAAAGAUCCAUCUGUGCAUUCGAAACGCUGGAUUGUUUCGAAAAGUAAUUCUUCCUUACAACCGAGAGCGAGUUUUGAACCCGGAUAUCUCUCGUGGAUAUGACAAGCUGCCAAUAAUAUGUGUGAAUGCACGUGAUGAUGCGCCUUGUCCCACCAACCCCCCACAUGGUUUUCAUUAUGUUACUGAGAACGUUCACACUUCACAAGAUACAAGAAUUAAUGUUGUUAUAUCAGGAAUGCAGUCAUGUCAGUGCAGCGACAACUGUGGGUCUCCAUCUUGUGUGUGUGGCUUGAUAAGCGAGAGGUGCUGGUAUGGUAACGAUGGGACUUUGCUGCCCGAGUUUGAUAUUCUUGAACCUCCACUUAUCUAUGAAUGCAAUCAAAUGUGCAGAUGUUCGCGACAGUGUAAAAACAGAGUGGUACAGAAUGGAAUAAGGUAUCGCCUACAAGUUUAUCGAACCCAAGGCAUGGGUUGGGGGCUUGUUGCGCUUGAAGCGAUGCCACGUGGUGCGUUUGUAUGCGAAUAUGUGGGUGAACUGAUCUCGGAUGAUGAAGCUGAUCAACGGGAAGAUGAUUCGUAUUUGUUUGAUUUGGAAAACAAGGAUGGUGAAAUAUAUUGCAUUGAUGCUCGUAACUACGGCAACGUGUCGCGCUUCAUCAACCACCUUUGUGAACCAAACUUAAUCCCGAUCCGAGUAUUUGUCGGACAUCACGAUAUAAGGUUUCCCAUCCUUGCUUACUUUACCACUCGUGAAAUACAAGCUGGGGAAGAACUUGGGUUUGAUUACGGAGAGCGUUUCUGGGACGUUAAAUGUCGUCAGUUCACCUGCCAAUGCGGAUCACCAGUAUGUAAAUAUUCAAGUGAAGUUUAUAAGAAUAAAGCCGAACAAGAGCUACAACAACAUAAUGAAAAUAAUGACGUCACAAACGACGUGGAAAUGAAAGCUUCAUCAGCGAACAACGAAAUCGUGGAUUAACACUUCAUGUU